AUGACAUCCACACUCCCCCAACCAUCAUCCAUCCCCUCCCUCCCCCAAGACCAACAGCUCCGCGUCCUCGACACGCUCUUCGAGCCUUCCCCAGAACUACACACGCUGAUGACCCCCGUGUUAUCCAACCAGCCCUUCGCCUCAUAUGACCGCCUGAUCGACGCCGUGGGAGGCCGCAUGUCGGCUCUCUCCGCCGAGAACUCGCCUACGGACAGGGACGUCCUGUUCGGUAUUCUGGGGUCGCAUCCUCGGUUGGGAAGGCCGAAGGUCGCGCAGGAACAGCUGAGCGAGCUGAGCCAGAAGGAACAGGCGCAGUUGAAUGUCGGGGCGGAGGAGUUGGCGGAGAAGCUGAGGGGGAUGAAUGAGGAGUAUGAGGGGAGGUUUCCGGGGUUGAGAUUUGUAACAUUCGUCAACGGUCGCAGUCGCGAG